AUGUACAAGAAGUAUACACAGCCUUUGAUAAAGUAAGUUAUGAUUUGCUACAAUUUUUAUAUACAUAUAUCAAAAAGAAUGAUUCUAAAGAUAGAUACUAUUUCCAAGAAUAUGCAAAAGAAGAAAAAUUUUAUUGCGGUACUGUUAGUAUUAUUCUCUCCCUUUGUAAUAGAAUACGAUAUUAUAGGCUACAGAAAAGCCUCAUUGUUAUUUAAAUAUUCAGAUGGUACAUUUAUUUUGAUAUUCACGUUACCAGAUAGAUUUCCAGACAAACAAUUUUCAAUGAAUUUACAUCCUGUACAUUAUAUGCCAGAUAAAGAAAUAUUUAAUAGAAAUAUGAUAGAUUUUCCAUAUAAUUCUAAAUGGGAAUCAGAAAAUAUGAUCAUUGAAGCAGUAAAAUAUAUCUUUGAAAAAUUAAUUAAAAAUGAUUAAAUGUAACUAUC